AUGUCCUCCCCUGAAGAUAGAGUCAAUGCCAUGCGUGGCUACAAGGCCACCCUCAACAACCCCAACGUGUCUGAGGAGGCCAAGCAGAACGCUCAGUCCAUGCUCGACCAGCUCGGUGGCUCCCAGCCUUCGGAGGAAUUGCACAAUCUCCGUGGUGACAACCAGAAGGACCCCAACCGUGUCGCCGGUGGCUUGAAAGCUGCACAGAACAACCCCGGUGUUUCGAAGCAGGGUAAGGAAAGCGCCGCCCAGAAGCUCAAUCAGCUUGGGGGCCCUGACGAGUAA